AAAAUCUUUCAUCCAGCGCAGCUUUCUUCGCUCUCGCUGGGGUCGCUCUGGAGGAGGUGUGGGCGGCGCCUACCGCCUAUUAUCGCUCGCCUUGUCGCCCACCCUAUUUUCAGAUUAGGUCGGAUAAUAGGCCUACCACUCACUUAACAAUCUGUACAGUAUAUUCUGUGACAAAACGUUUCGAUUUAUAGUCCAACAGAAUGAUAAUUACCUGUCAGACUGCCAACCGAAUGAGCCGAUUACAUCUCCAUUUUUUCCCGCGCAACUGUGUAGCUUGCGAAACACACUGGAGUGGAAAGCAGUCUGCCUUCUGCCGUCAGCCUUCAUCACCACUCACCAGAUGGCGACCUGGUGGACCGGGAAAAUUAUUCAAGGUCUUCAGGCUCAGUAUAAAAGAGAUGUAUCAAGACUGGAAGAUAAACUGAAAUUUGGCAAAUUCCCUUCCACUCAGCAGUCAUUACCAGAAAGUGAUGGCGGACCAGGGAAUAAUAGGAAUCAGAAGGAAUACAUUAAGCAAGAACCACAUUUUGAAAAGUGGCAACCAAUUGGACAAAUAAAAAGCUGGUUUCGUCACAAGAAUGGAACCCCAAAGGGCAGGGAUUUUCUUCAUCUUCAACAAAAAUGGUGGGAAACUAAGGAUGGAAAUCAUGUAAAGUCCAAGGUUGCACCUCCGAGGCUGAAGGGGAAAACGGAUUGGUGUUUUCCCACUAGAUCUCCUCACCGUCCCAAUCCUUAG